CCUGGAGGAGCUGAAGUCAGAUCUCACAAAGCAACAGAAUGGAUUCAAGAUCACCUUGAAAACGUUGGAGGACGAUUUGCUCUCUCGGCUGUCAUCAGCAUCUGGGAAUUUCCUGGGAGACACAGCGUUGGUGGAGAACCUGGAGACCACUAAAAGGACAGCUGCAGAGAUUGUGGAGAAGGUGCAGGAGUUUAAGGUGACAGAAGGCAGGAUAAACGAGGCCAGGGAGCAGUACAGGCCCGCGGCCCGCCGCGCCGCCAUGCUCUACUUCACCAUGAACGAGCUGCACGCCGUGCACCCCAUGUACCAGUUCUCCCUGAAGGCGUUCCAGGGGGUGUUCCAGAAGGCCAUGGAGAGGGCAGCUCCUGCUGAGAGCCUGGCAGGGCGGGUGCUGAGCCUCACGGACAGCAUCACCUUCUCCGUGUUCCAGUACACGGCCCGGGGGCUCUUCGAGAGGGACAAACUGACCUUCAGUGCCCAGCUCACCUUCCAGAUACUUCUGAUGAAUAAAGAAAUCAACCCAGCAGAACUGGAUUUCCUGCUCAGAUACCCAGCACAGCCCGGAGUCACGAGCCCUGUGGAGUUCCUGUCUGACCAUGCCUGGGGAGGAAUCAAGGCUCUCUCAUCCAUGGAGGAAUUCAGAAACCUGGAUCGGGAUAUUGAAGGCUCUGCAAAGCGGUGGAAGAAGUUUGUUGACUCGGAGUGUCCUGAGAAGGAGAGGUUCCCGCAGGACUGGAAGAACAAGUCAGCCCUGCAGCGCCUGUGCAUCCUGCGCGCCCUGCGGCCCGACCGCGUCCCCUGCGCCGUCCGAGAUUUUGUAGAAGAAAAGCUGGGCAGCAAAUACGUGGUGGGGAGAUCGCUGGAUUUUGCAACAACCUUUGAGGAAUCAGGGCCUGGCACCCCGAUGUUCUUCAUCCUGUCCCCAGGAGUGGACCCACUGAAGGAUGUGGAGAAACAUGGGAAGAAGCUGGGCUACACCUUCAACCACAGGAACCUCCACAACGUUUCCCUGGGCCAAGGCCAGGAGGUGGUGGCUGAGCAAGCUCUGGAUGUGGCUGCAAGGGAGGGUCACUGGGUCAUCCUCCAGAACAUCCACCUGGUGGCCAAGUGGCUGAGCUCCCUGGAGAAGAGGCUGGAGCAGCACAGCCAGGGCAGCCACCGGGAUUUCCGCGUGUUCCUGAGCGCCGAGCCAGCGCCGUGCCCCGAGAGCCACAUCAUUCCCCAGGGCAUCCUGCAGAACGCCAUCAAGGUCACCAGCGAGGCGCCCACCGGCAUGCACGCCAACCUGCACAAGGCCCUGGACAACUUCAGCCAGGACACCCUGGAGAUGUGCAGCCAGGAGAAGGAGUUCAGGAGCAUCCUCUUUGCCCUGUGCUAUUUCCACGCGGUGGUGGCGGAGCGGCGCAAGUUCGGCGCCCAGGGCUGGAACCGCCCGUACCCCUUCAGCACCGGGGACCUCACCAUCUCUGUCAGCGUGCUCCACAACUACCUGCAGGCCAGCUCCAAGGUCCCCUACGAUGACCUGCGCUACCUUGUGGGUGAGAUCAUGUACGGAGGUCACAUCACGGAUGACUGGGACAGGCGGCUCUGCAAAACCUACCUGGAAGAGUUUAUUAAGCCAGAAAUGCUGGAGGGAGAGCUCUGCCUUGCUCCUGGGUUUCCCCUCCCUGGGAAAAUGGAUUAUAAUGGCUAUCACCAGUACAUAGACGAUGCCCUGCCUGCAGAGUCACCCCACCUGUACGGGCUGCACCCCAACGCCGAGAUCGGGUUCCUGACGCAGCGCUCGGAGCGGCUCCUGCGCACCGUGCUGGAGCUGCAGCCCCGCCACGGCAGCACGGGCCCGGGGGCUGUGGGCGCCCAGGAGGAGAUGGUGCAAGCCCUUCUGGAAGAGAUGUUGGAGAAGCUCACAGACGAGUUCAACAUGGCAGAGCUGCUGGCCAGGGUGGAGGAGAGGACUCCCUACGCCGUGGUGGCCCUGCAGGAGUGCGAGCGCAUGAACGCCCUGACGGCCGAGCUGCGGCGCUCGCUGGCCGAGCUGGAGCUGGGCCUCAAGGGGGAACUGACCAUGACCAGCGACAUGGAGACCUUGCAGAGCUGCCUCUUCCUGGGCACGGUGCCCGAGUCCUGGGUGCGGAGGUCUUACCCCUCCACUGCCAGCCUGGGCUCGUGGUUUGCUGACCUGCUGGCUCGCAUCAGCGAGCUGGAAGCCUGGACCAGGGACUUCUCCCUGCCCUCCACGCUGUGGCUCGGAGGGUUCUUCAACCCCCAGGCCCUCCUGACGGCCGUCAUGCAGACCACGGCCAGGAAAAACAAGUGGCCCCUGGACAAGAUGACACUGCAGUGCGACGUGACGAAGAAGAGCAGAGAGGAUUUUGCCAGCGCUCCUCGUGAGGGGGCCUAUGUCCAUGGGCUGUUCAUGGAGGGAGCACGCUGGGAUGCUCAGGCCGGGACCAUCACGGAGGCCAGGCUCAAGGAGCUGACCCCGGCCAUGCCUGUGGUGUUCAUCAGGGCUGUUCCUGAUGAGAAGCAGGACACCCGGGGCCUGUACCCGUGUCCUCUGUACAAAACACGCCAGAGGGGGCCGACCUACGUGUGGACUUUUAACCUCAAAACGAAGGAGAAGCCGUCCAAGUGGGUGCUCGCCGGUGUGGCCUUGCUGCUGCAGAUCUGAGGCACCAGCACAGCCCCUGCUCUGCAAAUCCCCCACAAUGUCACACAGUUUAUACAAUGAAAUGCUGAGUUAAACCAAGUUCCAUCUCUCUGGUGGACUCCCAAGUUAUCUCUGUGUCCUGGGGAUGUGACCAAAACAGGGAGGGAGGAGCUGGGGGCGUGGGGGGCUUGGCUGCUGCUGGGGUUCAACCAGGACAGCAUUUCUGUGGGCACUGUUUGGUUUCUCAGAGCCUCAUCUCACACUGAGUGGUUUUACGGGUGGCUUUGGCACGUGGCAGAAGAUGUGCUCAACUCUCUGCCAGUCCAGGGGAUCAGCUUUGCUCCCACUUGUGGGAGCCCAGCACAUCCCUCUGGCUGCCCUGGCUGGCUCCAGACCCUUGGCAUGAAGUCACAAACACCUGUGGCUUUGAUUUUAGCCCAUGGAAAAAGCUCUCAAUUUUGUAUGAGGAAUUACAAGCCACAAGGGUUUGAGCAGUGUGGUAGUUGAACUAACACAGGAUGAAAAAGUAGAAAUUUGGGAUUUUUAGAAUGGGGUUCAAGGGGGUACAAGAUGGACAGAUUUGGGCGUGUCCUGACCUUCUUUCCUUUCUUCUUGCCCUCCAUGUCUUGGUGUGAUGGUGACACUUUUCUGUUGGUUUAAGGUAGAGAUUCACAGUCUAACAUAGAUGAUGGGAAUUGGUAAUAAAUUGUAAACAUAGACACGUAGUUUUGAAUAUAUAAUGUGGGAGCAGCCCAGGGCUCAAGGGCAGGAUGCCACAGCCUCCUUGCUAGGCAGAGCUCAGCAGGUCAGAGAAAGAAUGUUUAGAUAAGAAGAAAUAAACAACCUUGA